CCACGGGCUGAAUGAAUGAGCCGGAGCGGCGGAGCCGGGCGGCCCGCGGCCGCGCUCACCGGCCCGGGACGCUUCCGCAUGGCCCGCGAAGAGCCGGCGCCGGCGGCGGUGGCGGCGGCCGGGCAGCCCCGGGGCGGCCGGGGCGGCGGGCGCGAGCGGGCGCUGCAGGGGCCGGGGGUCGCCCAGGGGCGGCCGUCUCUGAGCCGCGCUAAACUGCACGGGCUGCGGCACAUGUGUGCCGGGCGCGCGGCGGCGGGGGGCUCCUUUCAGCGGCGGGCGCUGUGGGUGCUGGCCUUCUGCACGUCCCUCGGGUUGCUGCUGUCCUGGUCCUCGAACCGGCUGCUCUACUGGCUCAGCUUCCCGUCGCACACGCGCGUGCACCGCGAGUGGAGCCGCCAGCUACCCUUCCCCGCCGUCACCGUGUGCAACAACAACCCGCUGCGCUUCCCGCGCCUCUCCAAAGGGGACCUCUACUACGCCGGCCACUGGCUCGGGCUGCUGCUGCCCAACCGCACGGCGCGCCCGCUGGUCAGCGAGCUGCUGCGGGGCGACGAGCCGCGUCGCCAGUGGUUCCGCAAGCUGGCCGACUUCCGCCUCUUCUUGCCGCCGCGCCACUUCGAGGGCAUCAGCGCCGCCUUCAUGGACCGCCUGGGCCACCAGCUCGAGGACAUGCUGCUCUCCUGCAAGUACCGCGGCGAGCUCUGCGGCCCGCACAACUUCUCCUCUGUGUUUACAAAAUAUGGGAAGUGUUACAUGUUUAACUCAGGCGAGGACGGCAAACCUCUGCUCACCACGGUCAAGGGGGGGACAGGCAACGGGCUGGAGAUCAUGCUGGACAUUCAGCAAGAUGAGUACCUGCCCAUCUGGGGAGAGACAGAGGAAACGACGUUUGAAGCAGGCGUGAAGGUUCAGAUCCACAGUCAGUCUGAGCCGCCUUUCAUCCAAGAGCUGGGCUUUGGGGUGGCGCCAGGGUUCCAGACUUUCGUGGCCACACAGGAGCAGAGGCUCACAUACCUGCCCCCGCCGUGGGGCGAGUGCCGGUCCUCGGAGAUGGGACUCGACUUCUUUCCUGUUUACAGCAUCACCGCCUGUAGGAUUGACUGUGAGACCCGCUACAUCGUGGAGAACUGCAACUGUCGAAUGGUCCACAUGCCAGGGGAUGCCCCUUUCUGUACCCCUGAGCAGCACAAGGAGUGCGCAGAGCCUGCCCUAGGUCUGCUGGCAGAAAAGGACAGUAAUUACUGUCUCUGCAGGACACCCUGCAACCUGACCCGUUACAACAAAGAGCUCUCCAUGGUGAAGAUCCCCAGUAAGACGUCAGCCAAGUACCUGGAGAAGAAAUUUAACAAAUCAGAAAAAUAUAUCUCAGAGAACAUCCUUGUUCUGGAUAUAUUUUUUGAAGCUCUUAAUUACGAGACCAUUGAACAGAAAAAGGCAUAUGAAGUUGCUGCCUUACUUGGUGACAUUGGUGGUCAGAUGGGACUGUUUAUUGGUGCUAGUAUCCUUACCAUACUGGAGCUCUUUGAUUAUAUUUAUGAGCUGAUCAAAGAGAAGCUAUUAGACCUGCUUGGCAAAGAAGAGGAUGAAGGGAGCCACGAUGAAAAUGUGAGCACUUGUGACACGAUGCCAAACCACUCUGAAACCAUCAGCCACACUGUGAACGUGCCCCUGCAGACGGCCCUGGGGACCUUGGAGGAGAUCGCCUGCUGACAGCCCUCGGACUCCCCGGCAUCCCCCUCCCGCAAACAGACCUUGAGGCCCUGGACCCAGGACAGGGGACUGCAGGCUCAGGUGGGAUGGCCCCUGCCACCAGAAAGAUGCAAGAGCCCCCUCUGCACACCUAGCCAACUCUCCGCCGAAACCUCGCUCUGGCCACGUCUGGCACGACGCGUCCUCCAGUCCUGCCGGGCGUCCGUCCCUCUCACGAGAAAUGAGUCACGCUCUGGAACUGUCCGAGAAAACCGACCUGCCAUCACAUCUCACUGCCAGAUGUAUAAAACACCUGCAUGCUCUGCCUCCUCACGGCGCCACCUCCGCGUCUGUCUCUGUACGUGACUCUCUGGUUCCCAGCAGCCCCUCUGCUGCCAUGUGGUGCCGGCGGGAGGACCAGGUUCCAGCCCCAAAGUCACCCCAAGGCCACGCUGGAACCACACCCGAUCCGGAGAGAGACUGCCGAACUCUCAACCACAUCCGGUCCUUCUGGUCCUUGUGUAGUUCGUGAAGGUUCUUAACCUGCCCACAAACCCCCUCCCCUCACCCCCAGGUGGCCCGCAAGGUGACCGGGGCCAACGCCCCUCUCCCCUCCCAGGGCCUGUGAGGGAGGCACGGUGGCCUGGGGGACUCGUCCACGGCACCCACGUCGUCCUGCUCUCCCCAUGACACAGCUUGUACAGUCUGGUUCUGUUUCUUUGGGGGGGGGGGCUUUUUUUUGUCUGUCAGAGCUCUGUUUUGUUUUCUGAAUUUGGGUUUUGAUGUUCUGAGGUUUGGUUUGGUUUUUCCAUUUUCUCUGGCAUUUAUUUAUUCGUGCUUCCAAUCUCGGUCAUAUUAAAAGCUGGUCUUGUGGAAA